AUGCAAAGAUAUGACAAAACAAUGAUAAUACCAAAGACCACAGAAAACGAAGAAAAUUUACAAGAGGAGAGUAUAGAACAAGAAGAGGAAGGAAUUAUAAAGGAAGAUUUAGAUUAUGCGCAUAUUGCAAAAGAGCAUCACAAAUAUAGCGCUAAAGAUAAAUUUAUUUAUUCUUUGUAUAAAGAUCUAAUUAAAUAUUUUAUAAUCGAGUAUGAUGGACCAUCGAUAUGCAAGGAAUGUAUCGUUUCAGAGAAUGAAAAUGAAAUAGAGUUAUUAGAAGAUAUAGAAAAGAGAUUUAAUAACAAUGAUUUUACGAGAGAUAAAAUAAAGAAAUUAUAUUUAAAAUCAAAUUUAAAAGAUGAACACGUUCAUUUCUUUUUCAUCAAUGAUAACACCUAUUUUGGUUGCACAAGUAGAAAAAUGAUGAAUGAUGAAGGAUUAUAUAAAUGGCAUCAUGGUGUACAAUAUAAGGGUCAGUUUAAAAAAAAUCAAAUAGAAGGUAGGGGACUUCUAGAAUGGCAAAGCAAUUGUUGGUAUGAAGGAGAAUUUAUGAAUGGUUAUCGUCAUGGUAAAGGUACAUUGGUGGAUAAAGACAAUUAUCGUUUAUAUAUAGGUCAAUGGUACAUGGGAUACAGACAUGGAAAAGGUUAUUGCUGUUACGUUGAAGGAGACUCAUAUGAUGGUGACUGGUCAAUGGGUAAGAGAAACGGUACAGGUUUUUAUAUCUAUUCAAAUGGAGCUCAGUAUAAAGGGGGUUGGAAAAAUGAUUUUCGACAUGGAAAUGGAAUUAUGGCAUGGCCCAACGGCGAUGUUUAUUACGGAGAAUGGGAAUAUGGAGAUAUACAUGGUUAUGGAGAAUAUAUGUGGUAUGGCUUUUGUAACAGAAGUUUCAGUUGGCCACAAAAUAUUUUAUAUUUUGGUAAUUGGUGUCACAAUACAAAGCAUGGAAAAGGUUUAUUAAAGUUGAACUCAAUAGGUGGUGCAAAGUAUUUUGGUAAUUGGAAGUAUAACAAGAAAAAUGGUUAUGGAAUAAUAAUUGGAAAUAAUGGCGAAUUAACAGAGGAUGAAUCUUUAUAUUCAAUAGAUAUUCUAGCUUUUUUAAAUGCAAAAAAGAUAUCAAAAAUCUUGGAACCUUAUACAACUACAAUCUUAAAACCCGAACAGUUUCCAUCCUUAUCAUAUCAUAUAAAUCGUUUGAUUCAACUAUCAUCAAUUAAAAACUUUUCAGUUUAUUUGCAUUCCUUAGGAAAAUGCUAUAUUUGUAAUGAACAACAGUCAUGUUCUUGUUUGCUUCGAUCUUCAUUUAAAAUAACGGACAAUGAAACUAUCCUAAAAAACAAUUUUAAUAGGAAGUGGCAAUAUGAAAAAGAUCAAACAUAUGAUUAUUUAACUUUGCACAUGUUACAAAUACGACAUGUUUAUGAUAUUUAUGCAAAAUUAUUUAACAAGGAAGAGUCAAAAUGUCCCUUCAUUAUGAUUAAACUAAUGCUUUGGCAACUAUGGCGUGAUUGUAACUUAAAUACCAAAGGUUUAAGUCUAAUUGAAAUUGAUAAUUAUAUAACUGAAAAUGAAUCAAGCUUUAUAGAAAAGCCAUACUAUCCUUUUGAGAAAAUCGAAAUCUGGCAAUUCUUGCAUGCUUUACUUGAAGUUUCAUGGCGUAUUUAUUACUGGAAAGAUAUUAAAAUAAAAAAAGAGACAGAUUGGAAACAUGGAAUAUUAGUUAAAUGUUUAAAUGAAUUUCUCACGAAUGAUGUAUAUCCUAACGUUGGAAAUUUUGUCGGUAUAAUUCCACGCGAAUGUAAUCUUCUACCAAUUUAUUCCGUAUAUAAACUUUACAAACAAGUAGGAUAUCCACCAACUGCAACAGAUAUGUUACUAGCAUGUAUUAGAGAUAACAUGGUAGAUGUUAAUGAACCAGUUGCUUUAAGUAUACCAGAAUACAUUUUAAACGGAUUAAAUUGUGUUAUAAUUGGAGAAAGAAUUGAUUUUCUUCCAAGAGAAGAAAAACCUUUUAUGCAAACUGAAAUGCAGAUAAUUGAGAAAUGGCAGGGUAGUGGUACAAAAGAAUUAUUACUUUUCCAAGAACUAGGUCCAGUUAAAAUAGUACAGAUUAUGGCAAAAGUAUGUCCUUUAAUUAAGGAUAAUGACGAUAACACAAUUCUUAAUAUGAAUUAUUUAUUGACAUUUCUUGAAUUUUAUGAAAUAAUAUUAGAAGCUGCAAAAUACAUAAUAGAAUCUAAAAAGGUAAAAGAUGCUCCGAUUAUUCCAUCUGUAAUAAAUAUUGAACUUAUUUAAAAUAAUAAUUUCUAAGGAUACACAUCCACAUAUGUCUCUUUCUUAUAUGAUGUUAUGGAAAAUAUUGAAAUAAAUUUUAUGUAAACCAAAUUG